AGAGUAGUAAAUAAACAACGCACACACGCCAUCUACGACGUCAACUGACGACUGUUUUGCUGAUCAAGGAAAGUAGUUUCCUUAGACUGGCUUGUAGAAAUGACCGAACCCGAUGCCGCAGCUGUCGCUGCAGAUGUGCAGCCCACUUCAAGUUCUACGUCGCCCAUCGGACGACCAUCUCCCGGUCCCGGGAAUCUGUCGGCGGAGAUCACCUCCAGGCCGUUGGGGCUUGUUGUGCUGACUGGAUUGGACGUGACGUAUAACGCCAUUCACAGAGCAAUUUGGGAUUCGUUUAGCGCCAACCGUAGACCAGAUAGAGUACCACUGAAUUUCAAAUCACUACCAGCUGACCAUGAAUAUCCAAAGUGUCGGUCAAAGCAAAGGACAUCAUAUGAAUGGUACAUCCCGAAAGGAAUCUUAAAGACGAGCUGGAUGAAAAAACAUCAAGAAGAUAUUCCAGGUUUAGUUGUUGUCUUCUACGAUCUAGACUGGGAUGAACAACAGUGGAAGGAGAAACAAAUGGAGUGCGCUACAAGGGUAGAAGUUGUCAGGACAAGUCUCCAUGGAAGAGGAUCUAAAGUAGCUGUUGUUUUGAUUCAGAAGAAUGCUCCACUUCCCCCAGGAGAAGAUGUGGUAGCAGCCGAGAGAGCAGCUGCUCUGUGCGCAGCCUGUGAACUAUCAGCCAAGUCUUUGUUUGUAUUACCCUGCGUGGAUCAUCUACUUGGCUAUACUAUCCGAUUAGAGAAUGCUUUCUAUGAGCUUACGCAGGCUUAUUAUCAUGGUGAAGCCAGAAGAGUCAAAGCGCACAAAGAAUUUCUCAAUAAGACAACUCAUCAGUUGUUGUUUGUAAGACAUGCUUUCAAGAUUGGAUUCUUUAAUGAACUUAAGCAGGACACCCACAAUGCUCUAAAGCAGUACAAAGCAGCUUAUGUUCACCUGACUGAAAUCAGAGCACAUGACACCAACAUGCUGGAGAUAAAGACCAUUGCAGGGUUCCUCAACUAUAAAAUUUGCAGACUUUGUUUCUUUCACAACUCACCACUGGAUGCUAUUAGUCAGUUCCGUAAACAUGUUGAUCUGUUCAAGAACAAGAUCGGCUGUGCAGAACUAGCUUUCGAACAUUCAGCUUGGAUGUCAAAACAAUUCAGUAUUUUUGGUGAUCUGUUUGAUGAUGCUAUAAAGCUAGGAUUGACAGCAAUCAUGACCCAGCAUCCAGGUUUCUACUAUCAGCAAGCCGCUAACCAUGCCAUCGCUAGGAAACAACUCUGCAGAGGACUUUGUCAUGCUGCAUCAAGUAUGCCCUCCGGUGAUCCCCUAGAAGGUAUGCAUUAUCUAGAGUUCUGGGGUCAACGACCUUGGAGACAGGGUCAUCAGAGCAUUGACCCUCCUGAUCCUCAGAAAGAGAAGGAAGGAAUCCUGGCUCUUCAGUAUCUAGAAUCAACAGUUGAUCACUCGUGGAUUAUUAUUCCUCUUCUAAGCAGUGCUGUAGCUCAGUUCAAGAAAUACAAGUCAGCAAGGAUGAAGAGAUACUUGAUGGUUCAGAUGGGUGAAGAAUACUAUCAUGCCAAAGAUUACAGCAAGGCUCUUACACUUCUUGGACGAGUGACAUGGGACUAUAGACUGGAGAGAUGGUGGCAGCUACUCACGUCUAUAUUAGUUACAUCUCUCAGGUGUGCAUACCUUGUAGCAAGCAUGGAGGAGUAUGUUACAAUCAGUCUGGAACUACUUGGAAGAUAUUCCCAGAGCCCACCAGAUGAGAAGACAAGAGUUCAGAUGAACCUUGUUAGGGUUCUCUCAAACAAUCCUCCUGAACCUGAACAUGGGUGUGCCCCUGACGCUGUUGAAAAAGCAAAGGUUCUCUGGAAGAACAAGACCGCUAACCCCUCUGAAGAUGAAAGCUCUCGGGUCUUCCCUAUCGAGAUGAGAAAUCUGGUACCAUUCGUAGAAUGCAAAGCAAAGUUCACCAGUACCAGGUUCACUGCAGACUCACUUGUCAAGAUUGAGGUGUAUUUACGUUCAUCUUGCCAGUUUCCUGUUCGCUUCUCACGCUUGUCUGUUAAUCUGAGUAACCAAGAGUACAACAGCCACUGUGUGAUUGUAGAUGGACAACCUUUACAGCUGUCAGGUGAUACAGGUCAUGUGACCCCACAUGAUCCUAGCCAGUCAGGUGAUCUCUUCCUCAAGCCAUGGGAGGUGGCCCGCUACACUUUUCAAUUCGUUCCUUUGGCAGAUGACAUAGGCAAGAAACUAGAGAUUGCAUCAGUGACUCUCGCAUUUGGGGAUGAGAGUUCUAGGUGUGCUUUGCUUGUAUGGGCCGCUGGUGGAUAUGAUGCUGCCUCAUUGACCAAUCCACUUGAGAGUAUUCCAAAGAAAAGAGGACCAGCUAAGCAAGGGGAUGUUGACUGGAAUGCUGUAAGGGUAGAACCUCAUACAAGUAUCAUGUGCCGUCCCUCAAGAGUGACAAUUAAACUUGAUCAACAACCCCCUAGUUUGGAGAAUGAGAUCUACCAUGUGCACAUUGAAAUCAGUAAUGAAGAGGACGUGUCCAUUUCAGAAACAAGUUUGACUAUGGGGCUAUCUGAGGGACAGGAAGUUGGCAUUGAGGAGAGCACUGAAGUGAGCCAGAAAGCAGAGCUUCUUCUUGAUGGCAAACAACCAUCUCGUCUGAAAGGAAUCAAUCUUGGUGUCAUGGAAGCCAAGUCUAAAAUUGAACAAGACUUGUUCAUCCGUUGUACCAAGCUGGAUGCUCGAAGUAUCAGUGUUAGAGUGUCUUACAAGGUGGAGGUCAACUUUGGGUCAUCAGAGAGGUCAAAGGUCACAUGUACAUGUUACCAAGACCAAGCAUUUAGACUAGAGACUGUGACUCCUUUUGAUGUGAAAAUCAGGAUGGCUUCUCUUAAGUUUGAAUCUGUAGAUCAAGUCCACCCAGAUCAUCCAUUCCUCCUUAUGACUGAUAUCAAGUGUUUAUCACCAUGGCCGAUCACUAUCAAAGACAGUACUCUCAUAUUGAAUGAUCAUGUACGAGCAACAGAUGAAAACCAAGCAUCUCAAGUAGCCAGAGUUACAUUGAAGACAUCAGAGAAUGCUACUGAGUGUAUUUGUAUGGAAUCGCAACCGGAUACUGCUCAUGGUCUUAUCUCUCUUGGUAGCUAUGCCAUUGAAUGGAAAAGAGCCAAUCUGAAGCUACCGGCUGUAAAGACUAUUCUACCUCUCCCUGAGGUAACGUUACAACAGCUACCCAUCUACAUCAGCUCGGAUCUCCCUCCGUUUGGUCUCGUCAGGGCCCCUCUUCUGGCUCAGUACCAGAUCUCCAAUAAGACUUCUAUUGUUCAAUCAGUAGAAGCAUGUAUGGAACCGAGUGAUGCAUUCAUGUACUCUGGCCACAAACAGAUAUUCUUCCGGAUCUUGCCAUCUGGCCAGCAGACACUGAGCUACAACCUUUAUCCCCUGGUACCUGGCUAUGUCAAACUACCAAAGUUGAAGCUGAAAGUUCCCUAUUCACCAUCAUUCAGAGAGGACUUUGUGUCAAAGAUACUACCAACACACAUCUUCAUCAAGCCUCAAGGCAAAGAUCUGGCUGUUGCGAGUUAGUCUUUGCCAUUGCACAACACAAGAGAUGGAAUACAAAGCUGCUCUGGAGGUGAACAUCAAAGCCUGUCAAGUGUCAGCUUAUUUCACGGGGAAUUUGAUACCAGGAUGUUUGCCAUGUAAGAGGUGUUGCCUAUCAGAUCAAGCAUUUAGACAAAUAGGUGGUAUGUGAUGUUAUAUAUAUUUCAUCCCUGGCCUCGUACUUUCUCUGGCCUGACAAUGUCUGAAUAAGGCAGGGGAAUUUAUGUGGUGUGACAGCAUAUAUUUGCUGAGUCCUAAAAAUGCAGCUGUACGACAGCUUUUUCAAGUGCUUUUCAAAGAGUCAGAGGUCAACAAAAUAAGAUCCUCUCUACAAGAAAGCUCAAAACAGUGUACCUCUCAGCGUUGACUGACAAAGUAUCAGAAAACUGUGGUAAGAACUUGUGCUCCAUGUGUUAAUGAGUCCAAUAAUACAUUCAAUGCCAGGUUUGGGAAGUACAUAUAGAGUGGAUGUCUAGUGAACUUGUAUUAUCUUGUAUAUGAUAUGAGUGCUUAUUGAAUAUGUAUUAAAAUGAUUAAUUAUUCAACAAAAAAAUUAUCUGACAAUGAUAUAGUGAGAUAACCCAUGAUUGUUUGAAGAUUAGGUAUUUUGUGCAAUAAGCUUAACACUUAAGUAUUUUUUCACCCAACUAUCCUUCAGUGAAAUACAAACAGGUAGGAUAUUGGUUGUGGAUUGUUUCUAUUUCUGCAUUCAACAAAUUUAUUUCAGGAUUUAAAUAUCAUCAUUGGUGGACCAUGACCCGGAGGAGACAAUUGAUUGGAGGGGCACUGUAUUGUUUGUGAACAAUGCUGUGCCCCUUCAAUGCUUUGUCUCCUCCGGGUCACGGUCCGCCACUGAAUAUCAGUAUCUUUGUUAUUUUCUCAUUCAUAAAAUUGAUGAUUGUUGAUACAAAUUAAUAUAAGCUAAAUUUAUUGUUAGAUUUUGUGAUUGAAACUACUCUGGCUAAAGAGUACUGAAGUGUGAUGCUACCAAAAAAAAAAUUUAACAUUUAGAGUCAGGUAAAUGUUUUCCAUCAUGUUCAUCCAAUAUAUGAAAAGUGAAAUAAAUGUAUUAAAACUCUAGCAUCGAUUGCAGAAAUUAUGUCAUUAUUCUAUACAAGAUGAAAAAAAGGCCAAGCAUGGGGAAAUUUAACAUGUAAUAAAUUCUCGUUAAUUCAAUGAAUCAUUUGUUUUAAUGCAAAGUGUUUUAUGCUUUAUAACUGUAAUGAAAUGCCUGUGAUUUGUUUUAGAAUUACUGAACUAUUAGUAUAUUUCUUUAACAAAAAAUUCAAAUUGCAGAAUGUGAACUGAAUUAAACUUUGUCUCUUUAUAAAGUGUGAGUAAUAUAAUGUAGUAUUUGUCAUGUCUAUUGAUGUCAUUGGAUAUAGAAGUAUACAUUACUGCUAUUAACCAUUGCAUUGUGGAAUAGAUUUAUAUGGGUGUGAUAUUGUUUCAAAUCUAAUUUGAAUUCACCUACUCCAAUAGUUCCCUGUGAAUACAUUAUAUUUUGGGAACCCAAAUGUGAUUUAUUACAGUUUCUAUUUUUUUGCAAUUUAUUAGUGAAGCAAAGGCAGCUGCAGAACCAAGAUGCUUUAGGUUUUUUUUUUCCUCAUUGACACUAAAACUAACAUUCAGUUGCAAAAAUGAAUUUUGGGAUUCUAUUACGUGUGAAUAAGCAGAUUCUAAGCUGGAAAAAGAUAUAUAACUUGUCAAAUUGAUCAACAAUAAACCACAAAAGAAAGAGAAUAUCAGUGAGAGCUACAAAGAAUAAGGAGAAAACAAGGUUUGUAGUUGAGAGCUCGCUCAAGCAUUAGAUAUGCAUACUGUGCAAUUUCAGGGUAAACUUCCAAGCAGUUUAGAAAAAUAUUUUAUUUUACCACUUAAAUUUUUAUAUUUUGAAGAAGAAAAAUUACUAUUUCAGGUAAGCUAAUUUUCAAAAAAUUACAUUUUGAAGACCAAAUUACCAUUUUGACUAUCUAUAGAGAAUCUUGCUCGGUGACUUGUCAUUGGUUUUGAGAUGUAAGUCACAUAUAAUCAAACUAGUUGAAACCCAUUUUGCAAAUAUGGGUUUUUUCCAGGAGGCAAUUCCAUAGAUAAUCAACUAUUUUCUAUUCUUUUUUUUCUUCACUUCAUGACAUGCUCAAGUCAAGAUAAUUCCAGAACAGUUUUUUUAAUAGAAAAUAAGGACAACCAUUUCAACAGGGUCUCAUGUAAAGGGAGUCUGACAAACUUACUUAACCCAAUUUCCUAGUAAUAAAUGACGACUACAACUGUUUAUUUGGUUAGGAUUAAAAAUUCCAUAAUACAUCAACAUAAUGAUACUAUUAUAAUUUUCUUCUAAAGUAAUCAUAUCAUGCUUUUAACUAUGUCUGUGUACUUUCAAAGAAUUUUGAUAUUAUUACGGUAUUAUUAUAGCAUUCCUAUGUAGACCCAUAUCAAAGAGGAUGUGAUCAGUAAAGAUAGAUAUUUUGUCUCUUAUGAGAAUGAGUAUUAAUGUACUUUAUACAAAAGUAUAUAUAUAUAUUGUACAGAUACAGUUAGCAUCUUAUUGGAAACAAAAAUAAAUCAUCCAUAUAAAUUUAA